CAGUCCUCAAAAAAGCUAAAUAUUUACAAUUUUCGGGGAACAUUUCUUGUACCCGUUCAGGUCAAACGCCGAUAACGGACAUAAAGAUGGCUUCCAAACAAGACUUGAGUAACUUCACGAAAGGCGAACCCGAGGCAGAGGUUACAAAACUUCCAACAUUACAAAGUGUCGUGGGGGAACCGAUGCCAGAGUGGUAUUCAGCCGUACCAACAUGGGGAAUUGCUUGGGAUUUUUAUCAAUACGGGAUCGGAGCUACCUUUGCAAUCGUCAUGAUUUCAACUGCGACAAUUCUUCUAAGAACCCUGCAGCACAGAGCUGCUCGACCGAAGAAAGCUUCGUUAGUCGUGCUAAUUCUGUUAUUUAUCUUCGGUUUGUCUCGAUGUUUGUAUUUGUCCGUCGACGCUUACAACACGAAGCGAAUUUUGCCCGAAGCUUUUUUAAACGUGUUAUGGAGUCUGGGCAAUCCUUGUAUUAUUACAGCUUACACACUCUUUUUUCUAGUGUUAAAAAAUACCUUUGUUUUGAGAGAACGAUUCCAGACAUGGUACACUGCCAGGAAAAUUGCGUUUAUAACUGUACCGUAUUUUUUGCUCGUGUUAGUCGCUGACUUGGUUCUGUUUUAUCUUCCGAGCUUUGAAGGUUUGACUUUUGUUUGCCAAAUGAUCUAUGUCACUCUAAGCUUAAUGCUAUCGUUUUUCUAUUCAUUCGUUGCGUAUCUUCUGCGGAAAAACUACAGAGGAGCAAAAGUUCACAGACGAAAAGAAAGCGGGAGUAAAUCUAUAGCAUGGACUGCUACGAACCGUGUUCGUGGUCGACGUACUCGUUCUAUGCUUAAAACUUGCAUUGCAGUAGUGAUAGGAGGAGCUAUACUCUGCGCGUUGCAAGUGUACUCUAUGAGUAGUGUGUAUGGAGUGUUUUCAAACGCGCCUUAUGUUCCAGCCUGGCCCUGGUUGAUCCUGAACUAUGCCAUGAGAGGUUUGGAGUUGUUUCUGUCGCUUGUAUUGUUUGUCGUUUCAGCUAGAGGCAUAGUAAACCAACAAAGGUCUUUCCGAGGCUCUGUUAGCUUCGAGGGUUCUCUUAAUACGCGACGAAGAAGUCGGUUGAUUUCUCUCCCAACCAACACAGUUUCAGAUGCUGGGCAUUUGAGACUAGGAUCUACAAGAGUUUAAUCCAUAUUCAUUUAUAUACAUACAAAUAGCUAUCAUAUGCAAAAAGCGUUAAAACAAAGAUCCAUUACUAAAACUAAUGUACAGACAAAAACCCUAUCAUAUCUAAAAGUAUUCAACCUUGGAAGAGAACACAAAAAAAAUUGUACCUUUGUAUGAUCAAAUCAAGUGAAAAUUCUAGCUGCACUAAGCACGUUUUAGCUAUUUCUUUAUCGAUAAAGAUAGAUAUUAAUGAUCAGUUAUUGCUUCUUCUAUGAAUCUCCGUAGUAUUUUUUUCCCCGCGUAGAACUCUAAAUUAUGAGAGUAGAUUUCAAAACAAUCUAAGGUUGGUCUUUUCGAAAACCAUGUUUUCAACCCAGUCGUUUUUCCGUAUUAUAUAUCUGGUGUAAUGCCACUUCAGUGACGAGCAAAAAAAACAAAAUCAAAAACACGACAUUUCGCUGUAAACAUACUUUAAACUAUAGUACGUGCGAACAAUCACUCAGUUUUACCAACUGUGAAAAAAAAAAUCAAGAGCUUGAUGAAAGAUAAUGUCAUCUUGACUUUGUGAUAGUUGUGCUUUCCCGUUUUCCGUUAUGUGCUAAUGAAGUCAAUGAAAUGAAGCCUCCGGUGGUUCAGUGACUUAUUUAAUUAAGUUUUGAAACUGAUCGGCUUUCGCCAAAGACAAUUUCACAUGCAUCUGAUAAAACUUGUAUCAAUGCCCGCAGGUAUGUUUCCUGUAAAUGUUAUGAUAUAUAUACCAUUAAAAAAUUGAAAAGCUUAGAAAACAAAUAAAAAAGAAGUGGAUGUCAAGGGGCGUCGUUCCUUUUACUCGUAAUUGCUUCUCCGUAGGGUGUACUGGUCAAGCUGGGAACUACAUCCUUUUCACAGCUUUCACAUAUUAAAUAAAAGAGAGAAAGUAGAGACACAAAUAAGUGUACAUACGGAUUUACUCGAACAAGCACCGCGGCGCUCAUUUUAGCCUGCGUAGCUGGCGGUAUUGUAGGCGCGUGGAAUGAAGUUUUGGCCGCGCAGUCGCUAAUCGCGAGGGCCGAAGCCACGAAAAAUUUAUUCCGCGCGCCUACAAUACCGCCACAAAACUUUAUUCCGCGCGAUUUCACCAGCUACGCAGGUUACGCUUAUUUAAAUAACUCAUUAUUCGAUCGAGGGCG